GAAAACCCUGGUUUGGUGUGUAGGGUUUAAGCAUUGCCGGCGAAGCAAUUGAGCACAAAAUUUUGCUGCUCUGUUUCCUCUCGACAUACGCCAUGGAUAAAUUUCACAAAGAACUUGACAAAGAAACGUGUAAGGCGGAGAAAUUCGUAAGAGAAGAAGAAGAAGAAGACGACGAGGAGCAAGAAGAUGGAACGGACGACUGGGACGAUUGGAAUGCGGACGAGGAAGAAGGCGAAGGAGAAUUUGACUCGAAUUUUCUGUGUCUGUUCUGCAACUCCAAGUACAAUGACUGCGACACGUUGUUCAACCAUUGCAACUCGGUCCACCAUUUCGAUUUUCGCGGCAUUAGGAGGGCUCUGGGUUUAGAUUUUUAUGGUUCGUUCAAAAUUAUCAACUACAUACGAUCUCAGGUAGCAGAAAAUAGGUGUUGGAGCUGUGGUCUGUCGUGUCAAUCAAACCAGGAUUUACAGAACCAUUUGCACAAAACAGUAAAUCUCAAUAGCAUGAAGGCUCCGUGGGAUGAUGAUAAAUAUUUAAAACCCUUCAGGGAAGACGAUCCUCUCCUGUACAGUUUUGCAGAAGACGAAGAGGAUGAUGACAUUUCACUUACCAACAAUAAUCUUGGGAGGAAUAUGGAUAGUGAUGGAGGUAAUUGCAAUGCCGAUGAAAUGACUGGAGAAAGUCUUCCAUUUCAUCAUAACCAAAUCGAGGAAAAUGGAAUAAAAGAUUGUAGUUCUACUUCACAUGGUUAUUUGAAUCCUCCAAGCAACUUAGAGGCCGUGAUUCAGAGUACUGUGAAAACCACGGAGACUUUAGGAUUGAAUGAUAAGAUGCUGGAAGACGAUCAAUUGAAAGUAUCCAGACGAAGUUUGUAUUCAAAAGACAUCAAGAAUGUAAAUGAUAGCUACUUUGGUUCGUAUAGCUCUUUUGGCAUACACAGAGAGAUGUUAAGCGACAAGGUCAGAAUGGAAGCUUAUGGGCAAGCUAUUUUGCAAAACCAAUCUCUUUUCCACGAAGCAGUUGUGAUGGAUGUAGGCUGUGGAACAGGCAUACUUAGUCUCUUUGCUGCAAAAGCAGGUGCGUCAAGAGUUAUUGCAGUUGAAGCAAGUGAUAAGAUGGCAGCAGUGGCCACCCAAAUUGCAAAAGAGAAUGGCCUCUUGUGGAAUAGGAAACAAACGGGAGAUAGCAGCAUGUCAAGCGGGAUUGUAGAAGUGGUUCACAGUAUGGUAGAAGAACUCGAAAAGAACGUAGAGAUUCAGCCUCGUAGUGUUGAUGUUUUAUUGAGUGAAUGGAUGGGCUAUUGCUUGCUGUACGAGUCAAUGCUCAGCUCAGUUCUCCUUGCAAGGGAUCGUUGGUUGAAGCCUGGAGGUGCAAUCUUACCAGAUACUGCGACAAUUCUUGUUGCAGGAUUUGGAGUCGGUGGAACUAGUCUUCCAUUUUGGGAAAAUGUGUAUGGUUUCAGCAUGUCUUGUGUUGGAAAGGAACUUGUAAGGGAUGCUGCCAAUAUUCCUAUCGUUGACAUUGUGGAUGCUAAUGAUUUAGUGACCAGUGCUGCAAUUCUUCAUACUUUUGAUCUAGCAACCAUGCAUCUUGAUGACGUAGACUUCACUGCGAAUACCGAGUUGGAACCGAGUUUACAUUAUCCUUCAAAGAGCGGAGAUGAUGUUGAAGUCGAAGUAUCUUGGUGUCAUGGAGUUGUCUUAUGGUUUGAAACUGGUUUUACAAGCAGAUUCUGCAAAGAAUCACCAGCGGUUCUGUCUACAUCCCCAUACACUCCCAAAACUCACUGGUCUCAAACCAUAUUAACCUUCAGAGAACCAAUUGCCGUAACAUCUAGAAAAUCUGCCACCAACGAAUCCGCACCAGUGGGUACCGAUGCCUCCCCAGCUGUCAAAGUUCAUUUGCGCGUUAGCAUUGUCCGCGCACCUGAACAUCGAAGCAUUGACAUUUCACUAGAAACUACUGGGAUUGCUGGCGAUGGCAGGAAGCGCCACUGGCCUGUACAACUUUUCUCGCUAAGAUAAGAGUACCAAACCAUAAAUGCCAGAUGCUUGGAUCCUGAAUCAGCAAUUUCAGACUAAAAACUGGUCUGAUUAUUUAUUAUGUUUAAGGAUAUUGUGUCAUCUCCAUAUCUGUUUUUUGAUAGUUGCAGAAGAUUCAUUCAUGGAGUUAACCAAUUUUUUGACUCUUUAUUUUUUAUAUGUAAGUUCAAUUGUAGGCAUUGAGAGGCAUAUGCUCGGUGUCUCUAAUAUCAUGGUAUGGUUAAUUCAGGCCAUUAGUUUUGUUUUGAUUAUUGUAUUCUAUUUUUCUUGUAUUUCCACAGCAAAAUGAGGAGUCUGUUGGAUUUUGAAGAAAGCUUUUUA